CCUGGUUGGAGGUUGUGUAAAGGUGUGCUGGCAGUUGCUGUCGGUGGCUGGUUUCCCGUCUCUGCACACUCUAUCUUCACCCCAGCCUCAGAAGUCUGAUGUCAGUCUGCCAUGUGAUGGUGGCUGCCUGCCCCGCCUCCAGUCAGCGUUAAGCUACAGGAGAGAAAAGAGGAAAACUACAACACUGCUGCUUCAACCUGCUGACACUCCACACACUGAAUCUUCACUCAGAGACAAAAUGGCUUCCAGAUUAGAGGAGGAUCUCUGCUGUCCGGUCUGUCAUGAAGUCUUUAGAGAUCCUGUUGUUCUGUCAUGUAGCCACAGCUUCUGUAAAGACUGUCUGAAGAGCUGGUGGAGAGAGAAACCAACACAGGAGUGUCCAGUUUGUAAGAGAAGAUCUUCAAAAGAACCACCUUGUAACCUGGCGUUAAAGAACCUGUGUGAGAGUUUCUUACAGGAGAGAGAUCAGAGAGCUUCAGAGGCUCUCUGCAGUCUGCACUCUGAGAAACUCAAACUCUUCUGUCUGGACCAUCAGCAGCCAGUGUGUGUCGUCUGCAGAGAUUCAGAGAAACACACCAACCACAGAUUCAGACCCAUCGAUGAAGCUGCUCAACAACACAAGAAGAAACUUCAGGAAACUCUGGAGCCCUUAAAGGAGAAGUUAAAGGUUUGUGAACAAGUUAAAGUGAAGUUUGAUCAAACAGCAGAACACAUGAAGGUCCAGGCCCGACGCACAGAGAGGCAGAUUCAGGAUCAGUUUAAGAAGCUCCACCAGUUUCUAGAGGAGGAAGAGGAGGCCAGGAUGGCUGCACUGAGGGAGGAAGAGGAGCAGAAGAGUCAGAUGAUGAAGGAGAAGAUGGAGGCUCUGAGCAGAGAGAUAGCAGCUCUUUCAGACACAGUCAGAGCCACAGAGGACGAGCUGAGAGCUGAAGACGUCUCAUUCCUCAACAACUACAAGGCUGCAGUGGAAAGAGUCCAGCAGCGCCCCCUGCUGGAGGAUCCACAGCUGCUCUCAGGAGCUCUGAUAGACAAGGCCAAACACCUGGGCAACCUGACCUUCAACAUCUGGAACAAGAUGAAGGACAUGGUCUCCUACACUCCUCUGGUUCUGGACCCAAACACUGCUGAUCCAAGACUCAUCCUGUCUGAAGAUCUGACCAGUGUGAGACGAGGAGAGAGACAGCAGCUUCCUGAUAAUCCAGAGAGGUUUGAUUAUUACUGCUCUGUUCUGGGCUCUGAGGGCUUUAACUCAGGGACUCACAGCUGGGAUGUUGAUGUUGGAGACAGUACAGUCUGGUCACUGGGUGUGUUAGCAGAGUCUGUCCAGAGGAAGAGAUUCAUACAGUCUGGAUUAUGGAGAAUAUGGUUAUAUAAAGGUAAAUACUCAGCACGGUCACUAUCAGGUCUAGUCACUUUUCUCAAAGUGCAGAAGAAGCUCCAGAGGAUCAGAGUGAAUCUGGACUGGAACAGAGGAAAGCUGUCGUUCUCUGAUCCUGAUACUAACACACACAUACACACCUUCACACACACUUUCACUGAGAGGAUGUUUCCAUAUAUGAACACUGUUUAUAAACUGAAGAUAUUACCAAUGAAGAUCAGUGUUACAGUGGAACAGAGCAGUUAG